AUGGGAACACCUGAUAAGGCGCUGGGAGCCGCUAUGUUGCUGGUUGCAGCGUUUGUAUUUGUAUACUACACCACCUGGGCGAUCCUCCUUCCCUUGUUCCCCGCCGAGCAUCCCUUGCAGAGUCUGUUUCCUCCUCGGGAAUGGGCUGUGCGACUCCCAGCGUUUAUCUUAUGCGUCGGGCUGGCUGCAAUCGGCUCGUUUAUCGGAAUGGUCAUGGUCAAGGAAGGGCGAAAGCAGCGCCAAAAACUCCUUGCGCGUCAAGCAUAA